GACGCUUCCGACUCCGGUGUCAUGGCGGCCUCCUCCCCUGAAGGCGUGCUGGAGACCCAGGAUGGGAAAAGACGGCAGUUCGGGAACCGGUUCCUGAGCGACCCGGCGCGCGUCUUCCACUACAAUGCAUGGGACAAUGUGGAGUGGUCAGAGGCGCAGGCCGCGGCGGCGGAGAGGAAAGUGCAGGAGAACAGUUCCCAGCGGGUGUGCCCGGAGAAGCAAGUUGAUUAUGAAGUCAAUGCCCAUAAAUACUGGAAUGACUUCUACAAAAUUCAUGAAAAUGGAUUUUUCAAGGAUCGACACUGGCUUUUUACCGAAUUCCCUGAACUGGCACCCAGUCACAAUCCCCUGACGGACUUACCCCUGGACAGUGAGAAGAGUGAGGUCUCUAAAGACAGAAGCGGUGAGGACGGCCUUGGCUUUACUACAGAGCGGCACGGGUGUUCUUGGACCAGCUGUGGAUGUGACACUCAGGGGCCUCCUGUGGAAGAGACUGUGACUCGGGAGCUCAGUCACCUAGAAAUCUGUGCUGAUGAAUUUCCUGGGUCCUCGACCACCUACCGAAUCCUUGAGGUUGGGUGUGGUGUAGGAAACACAGUCUUCCCAAUUCUACAGACUAACAACAACCCAAACCUCUUUGUUUACUGUUGUGAUUUUUCUGCCACUGCUAUUGAACUGGUCAAGACAAAUUCAGAAUAUGAUCCUUCUCGAUGUUUUGCCUUUGUUCAUGAUCUGUGCGAUGAAGAUCAAAGUUACCCAAUGCCCGAGGGCAGUCUUGAUGUCGUCGUCCUUAUAUUUGUCCUCUCAGCUAUCGUUCCAGACAAGAUGCAGAAGGCUAUCAGCAGGCUCAGCAGGCUCCUGAAGCCUGGAGGGGUGAUGCUUCUUCGAGACUAUGGCCGCUAUGACAUGGCUCAGCUUCGAUUUAAAAAAGGUCAGUGUCUGUCUGGAAAUUUCUAUGUGAGAGGUGAUGGCACCAGAGUUUACUUCUUCACGCAAGAUGAGCUGCAUGCGCUCUUCACCGCCGCGGGUCUGGAAAAGGUGCAGAACCUGGUGGAUCGCCGCUUGCAGGUGAACCGAGGCAAACAGCUGACCAUGUACCGAGUCUGGAUUCAGUGCAAAUACAGCAAGCCUCUCCUGCCAGGUGUCAGCAGAGAGGUGCCCGUGCCCCACACCACAUGACGUCAUCGUGUGUCAGGGCUUUUCUAAGGAGACAUUUGUAAAUUUUGGCGACUUGAUGUUGGACAGUCUGGGAAUCCAAGGAGCUUGGAACCUUGAACCUGGGAACAACUGCUUUUUAGUAACAUUGACAAUUGUUUUUAUUUGUGAAGUCCAUUAAUAUAUAUUUUCUCAAGUUCACUUUUGACUACUGUUGUUUAGUGGAGGCAAUGCUGCGGCAAAUGUGUGGGGUUCAGAGGACUGCUGCUGCCGUCGGUUCUCUCCUUUAUGUUGGUCCUGGGGUUCAAACUCAGGCGUGGCUGCAAACACCCAUGAGCUUUCUCACCAGCCCUCAAUUUUAUUUUAUUUUUUAAAAAUUAUUCCAUGUACAGUGUUCUGUCUGCACAUUUGCCUGCAGGCCAGUAGAGGGCACCAGGUCUCACUACAGAUGGAUGAGCGCCACCAUGUAGUUGCUGGGAAUUGAACUCAGGUCCUCUGGAGGAGCAGCCAGAGCUGUUAACCUCUGAGCCAUCUUUCUAGCCCUAGGCUCUCAGAAUUUUAAUACCUAGAAUUUUACAUCAUUUUACACUCUGCAAUCAAAAAUGACCUUGAACUUUAGAUCCUGAGUGCUAAGGUUAAAAGUGUUUGCUAGCAUGUGUGUUUUAUGAGUUAAGAAUAACCACACACACACACACAAAAAAAAAAUAAGAAUAAAAACCAAGGGACUGGAGAGAUGACCUGAUGGUUAAGAACACUGGCUGCUCUUCCAGAAGACCUGAAUUCAAUUCCCAGCACGCUGGCAGCUCACAACUGUCUGUGACUCCAGUUCCAGGGGAACUGACACUCAUGCGAACACCAGUGCACAUAAAAAUAAAUAAAAUUUACCUUUUUUUUUUUUCGGUUUUUUGAGACGGGGUUUCUCUGUAGCUUUGGAGCCUGUCCUAAAACUCACUCUGUAGACCAUACUGACCCUGAACUCACAGAGAUCUGCCUGCCUCUGCCUCCUGAGUCCUGGGAUAAAAAUGGAUUAAAAAAAAAAAAAAGAAUAAAACCAAGGACGGGCAAGUGUGAUGGCUCGCAGCGGUAACCCCGAAGGUGGAAAGCUUGCAUAGGGGUUCCCAUAAGAUCAAGGCAGCUUGGACCGGAGUGUGAAACUGUGCCGCAGAAGGCUUGGGAAUGUGUCUCACUGGCAAAACACGUGUUUACCUGCACAGGCCCUGCUGCCUGUAAUGCUGAUCCCAGAACCUGGAAGUCUGAGACUCGAGAAUUGCCUUUAGUUCAAGGCAGACCCAGGCUACCUAGUGAAAUCCUAUCUCAGGACACACACCAUGGGACAGUACUGUAGAUUCACACACAAAAGUUGUGUUACUAUAAAAUGCAUUACAAGUUUUUGGGAACGCCAGUGUCUGUUGGAACGGCUGUAGUUGAUAUAUAAGGGUCUCUGCUGAAUCAUAAGGGAAUAGACAACAUGAGAAGUAACUGUUUUAGAAGGUUUUUCUUAGAAUUCAAAGUGGUGGUGCACACCAGUACUCCUAGCGCUCAGAGAGUUGGUGCAGGAAGAGCUCCUUAGUGCCAGCCUGGAAUACGUGGCAAGACCCUGUCUCAAAAAAAUACUAUAACCUUGGUAAGUAAUUACAUCUAGGCCCUUGAAGGCUUGCAUCCCUUGGAUUUAUGCGCUGCACCUUCCAGACUGUCUUAGUUAGGGUUUCCAUUGCUGUGAAGAGACACCAUGACUGUGGCAACUAUUAUUUGGGGUGGCUCACUUAUACUUUCAGAGUUCCAGCCCAUCAUCAUGGUGGGUAGCAUACAGACAGAAAUGGUGCUGGAGUAGUAGCUGAGAGUCCUGCAUCUUGCAGGCAUUAGGAAGUCAACUGAGAUGCUGGGCAGGAUCCUGAAAAUAGAAAACCUCAAAACCCACCUCCACGGUGACACACUUCCAACAAGGCCAUACAUCCUAAUAGUGCCACUCCCGAUGAGAUGCGGUCCAAAUGCAUUCAAACCACCACACAGGCGGCCUAAAGAAUUAUGAAAGAUACUUCGCUUUUAGCAAAAUUGUCUCCUUUUCACUGUGCCCUUAAAUGCUUGCUUCAGUAGCAGCUGAGAGCAGCUUCCUCGUACUAUCUCCCUUCCCUUGGAUGUGGUCGUCAUCCCUGUGGCUUCAGUGCUCGCAUUUUCCCUUUUGCUUGUGUGUGCAUCGCUGGGAUGUUUGUAAUUUUAACAGGGAAUUUUCUUCUCAGAUUUUAAACUAAAAUGUCCCCAUAAUUGCCUCACUGCUGUGUCUUUUCCCAAGAAAAUAUGGCAAGGCAGGCAUUUUUUCAGGAAUCUGAAUGUUUGGAAAAUGGGGGUACUUUCCAUAAGGUGGAACAGAAAGGUUGAAAGGCAGGAGUAGCUAGAGAUGUCUGUGCCCCUUCUGGCCCCCUGGACUGGUUUCUCUCCCGCCUGCCAGUACCCGCAGCUGCUUAUGAAAUAUUCAUUUGGAGCCUUAAUAUUAAUUAUAAUUGGCCGAUGGGUCAGGCUUCUUACUGGCUAGCUCUACAUAUAAAUUAACCCAUUUCUAUUUUGUUUUCAGGAUGAUAAUUAACCCAUUUCUAAUAAUCUGUAUAGCACCUUGUGCCCCAUGGGUUUCUGGUAAUGCUCUGACAUCUCCCCUACUCCGCCUUCUUUCUCCCUGUAUCUCUGAUUGGCUUUUCUGCCUAGCUGUAUUCCGCCCUGCCAUAGGCCAAAGCAGCUUUAUUCAUCAACCAAUAAAAGCAAGACAUACAGAAAUACAUCCCACAUCAGACAGGCUAAAUGUGGUGCACACCUCUAAUUCUAGCAUUUGGGAAGUUGAGGCAGGAGGAUUAAAUCAAGGCCAUCCUUUUCUAUACUUAAAAAAAAAAAUUAAAGCCUACUGGUGGUGGUGCACACCUUUAAUCCCAGCACUGAAGGGGCAGAGGUAGGCAGCUCUCUGAGUUUGAGGUCAGCCUGGUCUACAGAGAAAGUUCCAGAAUAGCUAUAGCAGUUACACAGAAAAACCCUGUCUACAAAAAAAAAAAAAAAAAGAUUAGGCUGAGAAUAUUGCUCUGAGAGCAUUAAAUCCUUCCAAACGUGCAGGAAAGAUAGUGCAAGAACACUGGGCAUGGUAGCACAGACUCGUUCCAGCAACUCCCUCUAAAAGCUAAGGCAGGAGGAUUGCUUCCUGGGUUACUGAGUGGUGCAGAAGCCAGCUGAGCAGCCUAGACCCUCUCUCAGAUAAAAGCGAUCUGAUGAUACAGUCAGUGCUAGUGCAUAUGAGCCUGGUCACAAGGGAGUUGUUGUAGCCCUGUGUAUUUUAAUGGAUAAUUUGUCCACCCGAAAACCUCCUUUGCCACAAACAUCUCUCGGGAGAAGCACAUGGUGGCAUUCCUGCCACCUCUAGACCAUUCACGCCUUUCUGACGUCCUCAGCACACAAAACUCUUCCUGUGUGCAGCUAAGUAAUCACUGUGCAUGUUCCCUACAGCCUGGAAUGGUUGUCGGUUGUCGCUUCUGUAACCUUGGCAUUGUAAGAUUGCAGGCCGACUUUGCUGCUAUUUCCUUCAGAGCUGGUUCAGUUACCCUGGGAAGGAAGUGAAUGUGUGUUCUGUUGCAUUGUAUUGGGUCAUAAGUAUUUUUUAAUAUCUCUGUACUUGGGGCUUAGCAGGUUAAGGCACUCCACCAAGCCCGACAACCUGAGUUUAGUCCCUAGGACCCACAUGUGCAAGGAGAGAACCGAUGUACGGUAUGGCAUGUAUGUGCCCUUGGAUGUACUCACCAAAGAAAUAAAUGUAAUUUUAAAAAUCUC